CCCCGAUUUAAGCAGGCCUAUAAUGCCCCUUUUUAGAACUCCUGCGCGGCCACUCUUUACACCUCAUGUGUUGCAUAGCCGACAACUACAAAAUGUCAUUAUAAUUGCUUCUUGCCUGAUAUUAUUAUUAUUUUUUAUAUACCGUCAUAAGCAGCCUGCGCCUGCUGAAUUCUUACCAUAUCAAACCUACCCGCAGACUGACGACUUCACCCAUAAUACGGUGACCGAUUUUUUCCCCAGGUCUAUAUCCAAGGGUAUCAACUCAACAGAAGACAUUUGCAGUUCCUUUCCGAAACAUGUUUUGUCACGAAUACAACCAGUUCUCAAAACCGGCCAUGGAGAUAACAAAGAGAGAUUGGACGCGCAGAUGGAUAGCACUAGUGCCUGCUUUACGCCAGAUGAGCUGAUCAUCUUCUCAGACCUCGACGAGGAUAUUCGAAAUCAUCGUGCUAUUGAUAUUCUUGCCGACCUACCAAGCUCUCAUUAUAAUGCUACCACCUUCAAGAUGUGGGGGGAGUACUUGUCCCAGAAAGAAAUGCAAAGAAAUGGUACUUUAGACACAGAGGCACAAACGGAGCAUAUAAAUGGAUGGGCACUCGACAAGUUCAAAUUCUUACCGAUGAUGGAAAGAGCUUGGGCUAUGAAGCCUAAUAGAGACUUCUAUGUCUUUUACGAAACAGAUACCUAUAUUUUUUGGGAUAACCUAUUCCGUUUCCUUCAAAUGUAUAAUCCAGAUGCAAAUGUAUACAUUGGCUCACCAUCUCCCGGUCGCCGCGAUCCGAAACGAAGAGACCAGGGGACUUUAUUUGCCAACGGAGGUCCUGGAUACAUAAUUAGUCGGGGCGCUAUGAAAACACUAUUACAGCGCACGACUGGUCUAUUUGGAGAGUAUACAGACGAGCCGCUCUCGACGAAAUUCAGUUAUCUAAAUCAUGAUGAUGAGUGCUGUGGUGACAGCGUCCUGGGAUGGGUAAUGUGGGAGCAGGGCAUUCCUAUGCAUGGUCACUUCCCGAUGUUCAGUCCUUAUGCCCUUCAUGAGAUUCCUUUUAAUGAUCAGCAUUGGUGCCAGCCACUGAUAACGCUACAUAAGACAUCUCCGAAGGACAUGGUUGAUUUGUUCAGCUGGGAGUUUAACCAACGGAAAUCCGAUCGACCAUUGUUAUAUUCUGAUAUAUGGCAAUUUCAUAAACCAGGCAUAACCCCGGUGCGUGAGGCCUGGGAUGGUGGUCGUUUCAAUGCAUAUGAUCCACCUGGUGCAAUUGCCGAUUCUUCUGAACAAUGCAGCCAAGCGUGUGAUGUCGACGAUAAUUGUUUCCAGUGGAAGUGGGCAGGGGCAGAUGAUAAAAAAUGUACCCUUCUGGGAUCAAUACAAUAUGGACAAGAAAGAAAAGUGGAAAAUGAAUUAAAAGACAGGAGUGCAGGGAUUAGUAAUAGAGCAGGAUGGAAUAAAGAUCGUAUAAGAAAAUGGCAAGAGAGUAGAGAAUGCAGUAAAAUUGCUUGGGUAGGGGCAGAUGUAAAUAGAAAAUUAUAA